CCUCGUAGAGUCCCAUUCGCUAUUCGGCCUAAAUUAGAUGCGGAACUGGAUAAAUUAUUAAAACAAGGGGUCAUUGAGCCAAUGAUUUCGCCAAAUGGGAGACACCCAUUCAUUUUUGCCAAAUUGGACAUGUCUCAAGCGUAUCAACAGUUCCCUGUUGACAACCAAACAGCGGAACUCCAGACCAUUGUCACCCACAGGGGUGCUUUCCGGUGCAAACAGGUGGACUUUCUGGGUUAUAAAAUUGACGCCUCAGGCAUUCACCCCCUGGAGUCCAAGGUUAAGGCAAUUCACGAGGCACCCACUCCAACCUCCAAAGCGGAACUGCAGGCCUUCUUGGGGCUAUUGAAUUUUUAUGCGUCGUUCCUGCCCCAUAAAGCAUCUGUGGCGGAACCCCUGCACAGACUUUUGGAUAAAAAAUCGGCUUGGCAUUGGGGACACAAGGAAGACUCCGCCUUUCGCACAGUCAAAUCACUACUCACGUCGGAGGCAGUCCUUAUUCAGUUUGACCCCAACCUUCCAUUAGUGCUAGCAGCGGACGCAUCCCCUUUUGGAAUUGGGGCAGUGUUAAGCCACAGACUCCCCAAUGGCUCCGAGGCCCCCAUCGCUUUUUUUUCCAGGACGCUCUCUGCUACAGAGCGCAAUUAUAGCCAAAUCGAUAAGGAAGCUUUAGCAGCUGUCGCAGCUGUGAAGAAAUUCCAUGAAUUUCUUUUUGGCCACUUUUUCGAGCUGGUCACGGAUCAUAAGCCUCUCCUGGGUCUACGCAGGUGACAAACCCCUCAAGUCCUGUCGCCUAGAAUGAUGAGGUGGACUCUUUUCCUCGCGGCAUACUCGUAUAGACUCAUACACCGUCCAGGUAAAACAUUGUCUCACGCAGACGCCCUCUUGCUGUGGGGCACACGAGUGGUCAUCCCGACCUCACUGCGUACCCGAGUUUUGGAGGCGUUGCAUGAGGGCCACCCUGGCAUCGUCAGGAUGAAGGCAUUAGCACGCAGCUACGUAUGGUGGCCCGGCCUCGACGAUGACAUCAUCAGAUGGGUAAGCUCCUGCCAUCCCUGCCAGGAAUCCCGUCCAUCCCCUCCAAUUGCCACUCCCACCAAGUGGGAAAGCGCCAGCGCACCCUGGUCCAGGAUUCACAUCGACCUAGCGGGCCCGAUGCACGGCAAAAUGUUCCUGGUGGUCGUGGACUCUUACUCUAAAUGGAUUGACGUGGCACAACUGUCCACAACCACCACGCAAGCGGUCACCAAGGUAUUAACUCGCCUAUUCGUAACGCACGGGCUACCAGACUCAAUUGUUUCCGACAAUGGCCCCCAGUUUGCAUCAGCCGAGUUCAGUCGCUUCGCUGCCAAUCUGGGCAUCCGCCACAUCUUCACGGCCCCCUUUCAUCCUGCCAGUAACGGGUUGGCAGAAAGAGCCGUUAGGACCACUAAAGAAGCUCUAGCUAGGUUCAGCAAGGAAGACUGGCACCACAGACUCUCCCGUUUCUUGCUGAGCCAGCACUCAACCCCGUGCACAGUCACCAAUAAGUCCCCGGCUGAACUCCUGAUGGGUAGACGCCUGCGGACUGUAUUGGACAGGCUUCACCCACAUUACUGCCCUGACUCUCCCCUCGCUUCCACAUCGAGGGUUAGGCAUUUUGUCUUACAGGAACCCAUGUUCGCGAGGAACUUCGCUGGAGACCCUCUGUGGAUCCCGGGCGAGAUCGUGGCCAUCACAGGACCCAGGUCGUAUCGAGUCAGACUGGAGGAUGGCCGAAUCUGGAGAAGGCACCUG